UGUGUGACUGCUGGCUGAGCGCUGACCGAGGAGAGGGCAUGACCAAGAAGAAUUUCAGUGUUGCAAAGAAGAACGAGAUUGCCAGCUUCAGGAAUAUUUUCCAGAGCAGAACAGUGACUGGCUUUAAGGAUGAACACAUCUGGGUGUCCAUUGUGGAUCCUCCCUGGCGCAGUCCCUUCACACGUGCCCAGAGGGUGUCCUGCUGCAUGAGCCUGCUCCUCUGCACCAUGGCCAUCAACAUCGCCUUCUGGAAUAUUCCUGUAAAUGAGGACUCACCGGUCCUCUUCUCCUUUGGUUCACUGAAAAUCACCUGGCAGGAGGUCAUGGUGGGGGUGGAGAGCGGGCUUCUUAUGUUCCCCAUCAACAUCCUCAUCAUCACCAUCUUCCGAAGCAUCAGACCUCGCCACACCUCCCAAACACAGAGGGACAGCGAAGAGGAGAACUUGAAACCUCAUGCAGUUACCAUACCAGCCAUUCUGAAGGACACAGAGGAGCUGGUGAACUUGCUGAGCAAGAGUAAGAGGAACCAGAUGUCAGAGCUGAGCGGGCUGGAGUCAGCCUCUGAUCUGCGCCCGGCCUUGGACAGGGUACAUGAACUGAUCCAGCUGAUGCAAGGGGAGAGUGAGAGCGACCCACACUGGGUGUACUGUAGCAAGUUCCUCAUGUCCUGUCUCUCUCACCUGUUGCUGUGUCUGGAGAGGCUGGAUGGAAAGAACUUCCCAAGCCAAGAUGAGUACCAGCAGGCCCUCAACAUCACCAACCUGCUGCUUCGCAAGGCUGAGAUGGUCUUCUCCAGCCACAUGGCCUUCUGUCUGCCUCCUGUGAGUAAGAAGAAGAAGGCAACAGGCUGUUGGCUGCCCUGGUGGUGUGUAUUUCUCGCCUGGUUCCUGCUGUUGUCCAUCAGUGGGGUGUCCACUUUCUUCACCCUGCUCUACGGCCUCAAAUAUGGCAAAGAGAAGUCCAUCCAGUGGGUCAUAUCUCUGGGCCUCUCCCUCUUUCAGAGCAUCUUUAUACUGCAGCCACUCAAGGUGAUAGGCAUCGCUGUCUUUUUUGCUCUGCUGCUGAAGCCAGUGGCAGUGGAGGAGACUCAAGAAAUUGAACAAGUGCUGUUAGAGCAGCGAGACAAGUGUAGACAGUACUCUGGCAGGGACUCACAGUGAGGAAGCUCCAUUUAGCUGCAGAGGAUGAUGGAUAUGGCUACAACUCCCUGCACUCCUGCUCCCUGCACACUCUUCUGCACUGAAGAUAUUAUAUUGGAGAUGU